AUGGCUGUGGCUCCUCCUCCUCCCUCUUAUUUCCCAUCAUCUCUCCAACCCACCCUCGGCCCGCCCGAAUGCCACGACCCGCCACCUCCCCAAGCCCGGCCCGCUCCCGCCGACCCCUCCAUCAAGCAGCUGAACUUCGCGCCGGUCGAUCGAUCCGUCAUGAAGCUCCGUCUCCGAUCUCUGGAAUCCAGGGACGGAAUCAAGCUCGACGUCCCCGACGCCUGCUCCCUCCCCCAGCUCCGCCGCAUCCUCGCCGGCCGCCUCUCCCCUCCGCCCCCUCCCGGCUCCUCCUUCCGCCUCUCCCUCAACCGCACCGACGAGCUGCAGUCGCCGGAUCCCACCGAUUCCCUCCGGUCCCUGGGCCUCGUGUCCGGCGACCUCGUCUACUACUCCCUCAUCCCCGGUCUGCCCGGGGGACCGCCUGGGGAGGUUGCGGAUUUGGAGCCUGAAGAUGCUUCCAGGAGCGCCGGGGAUCCAGGUAAUUCCGUCUCUGUUCUGGCUGCGGAUGGGUCGGCGGGGGUCCGCUGUAAGUUGUCCGAGCCUUCCUUUCUGAGGAAGGUUUUGAAAGAAGGAUUGGGUGGGGACGGUGGUGACCAUAGGCUUCUUGUUAUUGCGGUGCACGCUGUUAUGCUGGAAUCAGGUUUUGUCGUUGUCAAUCCGGCGACUGGAAAGCUUGAUUUCCCCGAUCAAAGGCCGUUUACCAUGUCGUUGCAGUACAGCCUGCCUGAGCUCGUGGAUAGGGUGCAGAGUCCGAAUGUGGCUGAGAGUGUUGCUCUGAAGUUUCACUGUAUAGAUAACUCAAUGACUGUCGAGUCGGAUUCGCGUGUGGUCCGUUUGGAUAAGCGCAGGUUUGCUCCUAUUAUAGACGCGAUGUGGGCAAAAGGCGGUGACAAUGUGGAAGUGAAUGAGGAUGGUGGAUUUUCCAAUUCGAGUACUGAAAAAGAAGUGUUUGAGUUUUGGAAGAUUGUAAAAGGUGAUUUGGCAUGGCCGCUGUUAAUAGAACUAACUGAUAGAGCUGGUUUGCCGCUUCCACCUUGCUUCACAAGCCUACCCACGGACUUGAAGCUCAGUAUUUUCGAAUUGCUUUCUGGAAUUGACCUUGCAAGGGUAGCGUGUGUGUCUCCUGAACUACAGCGCCUGACGUCCACAAAUGAGUUGUGGAAGCAGAAGUAUGUUGAGGAGUUUGGAGAGCGGAUAGAAAGCGGAGAGAUUGAUUGGAAGCAGAAAUUCACACUCGAGGUGUUGGAGGAGCAGGAGAGGAAGAGGGACAGGGACAUUAAUUUGUGGAUUUGA